ACUCAUUGAAACCCAGGGCGGGAUUAAGGCUGAGAAGGUGUUCAGCAACGUACAGAUUGAUCCAGUGAAUAUUUCUAGAUUCUACUUUGCAUCAAUUAUUUGACUGUGAAAAGACUGGGAAUUUGUGGCCAAGCCAGGUUUCCACAUAAUUUAAAUUCAAAAGCUACAGACGCUGGGAAUCUAAGGGGAAAAAAAUCGAUGCUGAAAAUACUCAGCGCCCAGGCAGGAUCUGCGGAGUGAAAAACAGUUCUCUUUGUAGCCAGAGUGUUUCCAUCAGUUUCUAAAUUUACUUCAAAUGUCAUAAUCUGGUAGCAGUGAAUAGUGAAGGGCGAUUAGAAUUGAAGCGGAUAUUUAAAUGAAGUAAGUCAAUGGAAUUUUCGUUCUGUCGUUCAGCAAUUGAAAUGAAGCAGUAACACUGGCAACCGUGUCAACACUUCAAACGUGCUUCAUUGGUUGUAAAGUGGUUCAGAACGUCCUGAACCAAUGAAAGGCGCUAUUGAAAUACGAGUCUUUAUCAAAUUACAGCGUCAUUGUUUGCCUCCAAUGGCAGAAUAAUGUUCAACUGAACUGACACUUGUUCUGUGUCAUUUGUUUUGGGCCAGUCUCAAAUUCUCAUGAACAUCAUCUCCGAAAUUCACUACUUUCACUCGGUAUCUGUUUCUCUCGCUCUCUGUUUUCGCAUCGUAGCUUUGCUGGGAAACAUUCAGUGUGCAUGGUAACAAGAGAGAUCUGGGAAUAACUUCGGGAAACUCGUGGACUCCAAUUCUUGGCUCCUGGUUUGCAUCAGUCCUAGCAACCUCCAAAGAAGGCGGGUUGUUUCGGUGCGAUAUGUGAACAAGGGUCAUUACUUACCCUGGUUUCCGUGAGGAGUAUAAACAGCAGUAAAGUAGGUAACCGUGUUGGAACCCAGCGCAAUGCAGAGUGGCGCAGCUGGUAGGUCCGACCCUCUGGCAACUUUGACAGAAGAGCAGAUUCAGCAGCUAGAAAAUAAUUUUGCCCAAAUGAAGCAGCCGAACGGCUCGUCGCUGAUUCUGAUCGCAGCCGAGUGUGGACUCUCGGAGGAGUUGACAGCGCAAUGGUUCAAGCAGCGCAUGGCAAAGUGGAGACAAUCAGAAGGCUUCCCUGCAGAAAGUGGAUCUGUCAAAGAUUAAAGAAAUUUGAAUAUGACCAGAAGCAUCAAAGGGAAUCAUUCCACACUGCAGCGAACUGCUCCACCCUUCACCGCCUCCACUCAGCACAAAGAGUCCCCGGGAUUAGGGUGUGAGCAGAAUGCUGUCUUUAACUGACUUUGGUAUAUUUGUGGAAUUUGAAUUCAUAUUUUGCCUAGUCUGAGUCUCAUUCUCUUAGAAGUGCUCAUUUAUGAUAUACUAAUUAUAGUUUAUGUAAUAUUGUUUAGCUAAAUAAGUUUGUGAGGUUUAAGUGCAAUUAUAUCAAAAUUUUGGAGAUAUUAUAUAAUAUAAUUUGAAGUUGA